UGUUACUAAUGAAGAACAGAUUCUAAAAUUAUUGUCUGUUAGUUUCUCCGUCUGCAGUUACGCAGAUAUAAUCUAAUAGUGUACCUUGAUUAAAAAACCACUAACAACUUACUAAUGGAAUGAUAGAGUACAAAUGCAUUUUGUAAAAGAAAGUGUUUUCAAUUUGUUUAUUUUCUUACUGCAACAUGCAUUGGCAGAUAGAACUAUUGGGGCUAUAUUCGACGAUGGUAGUUUUCUAUAUGAGGCUGCAUUUAACGUAGCUAUACAAGAGGCGUCAGAAAAUCAGGAUAACCCAUUCGUAGGAAAUGUUAUUAGAACUUCACCUGAUGAUGCUGUUGAAGCGGAAAAUGCAAUAUGUUCUCUUUUAGAAAGCAACUUGUUUGGUGUGUUUGGACCUAUUCAUAGAACUUCAUUACAACACGUACAGUCUAUAGCCGAUUAUUUGGAAUUGCCGCAAAUAAUUACAGAGUUCAUAGAGGUACAAAAUCGGAACUGGUCUUCUAUCAAUUUAUACCCAAAUCACAUAGCAUAUUCUCAGAUUUUUGCUGAUAUAAUCAAAAUGAAAGGUUGGACAGAUUUUACUAUAAUUUACGAAGGUUCUGAACUUUUACCGUUUUUGGACAACAUUUUAACGAUGCAGAAUUUAGUAACAGAUGAUAACAUUCUAAUGACAGUAGUCCAACUACCUGAAGGCGACGACUAUAGAAUACAAUUAAAGAACAUAAAAAUGUCUGGUUCCGUUAAUUACUUAGUAAUAAGCGGUCGAGAUAAUCUUGCUGAAAUUCUAUUACAAGCUCAACAGGUUGGAAUUAUGUCUGACAGACAUAGCUACGUUAUAACGAAUCCUGAUUUUCACAUCGUUGAUAUUGAAUUAUUUAAACACGGUGGCUCCAAUAUUACAGGUGUUAGAUUUUUUGAUCAAAGUGCUGAGAACAUUCAAAAUUUCAUAAAAUCAAUAAAUGAACAAGUUUUAGAUUUAUCGGAGGGUAAAAUUGAAAAUGCUGUUCCGGAAUCAGCACUAAGUUUAAACUUAGCUUUAUUAUACGAUGCAGUAUUAUUGUAUACAACAGCUUUGAAAACGAUCGGACUCGAGGAAGGUUCCAACGUUACUUGUGAAGAUCAGGAUACAUGGAAUUUAGGAUCAAGUAUUAUUAAUUUCGUAAGAACUAUGGAAAUAGACGGAAUGACAGGUGUUAUAAAAUUUGAUGAAGAUGGUUUACGAUCUGAGUUCGAAGUCGAUGUUCUCGAAGUUAUGUCUCAUGGGUUGGAAAAGGUAGGUACUUGGAAUACUGAAGAUGGAUACGAAGACUCGAGAACAAUGAUACCACCAGUCGAAGAGGAAAGAAGUGAUUCAAUGAAAGGCAAACAUUUUAUUAUACUUACCGCACUGAGUGCACCAUAUGGAAUGCUUACAGAAUCUUCAUUAAAACUAGAAGGAAAUAAUCGUUACGAAGGUUUUGGUAUAGAAGUCAUAGAAGAGUUAGCUAAGAUGAACGAAUUUAACUACACAUUCGAUAUUCAAGCUGACGGUGUUUAUGGAUCUUAUGACAGUAAAACGAAAAAGUGGACUGGCAUGAUGGAAAAAAUUAUGGAUGGUAGAGCUGACUUCGCUAUCACAGAUCUAACAAUAACUGCCGCAAGGCAAAAAGUUGUCGAUUUCACAAGUCCGUUUAUGAAUUUAGGUAUCACAAUUUUGUACAAAAAGCCAACGAAACAACCGCCAGACCUCUUUUCGUUUAUUUCUCCUUUUUCUCUAGAGGUUUGGGGCUGGUUAGCCGGAGCUUAUGUUGGAGUAUCUGUCCUUUUAUUUAUUUUAGGCAGGUUUGCUCCUGAAGAGUGGCAAAAUCCGUAUCCUUGUAUUGAAGAACCAGAGACAUUAGACAAUCAAUUUACAUUAGCUAAUGCUUUCUGGUUUACAUUGGGAAGUGUACUCACACAGGGAUCUGAAAUCGCACCAAUAGCUGUAUCUACGAGAAUGGCGGGAAGUAUGUGGUGGUUCUUUACGCUAAUUAUGGUGUCAUCAUAUACCGCUAAUUUGGCUGCUUUUUUGACUGUCGAGUCUAAAUUCUACGCUAUAAAAUCUGUAUCAGAUUUAGCAAGCAAUCCUUAUGGGAUUACAUACGGAGCAAAAAAGGGUGGUGCUACAUUCAGUUUUUUUAAGGAAUCAGAUAAUUUACUAUAUCAGAAAAUGUAUCACUAUAUGGAUGAACAUCCUGAACUCAUGACAUCAACAAAUGACGAAGGACUAUUAAGGGUAAAAUCUGAAAAAGAAAACUAUGCAUUUUUGAUGGAAUCUACUUCAAUUGAAUACAUGGUUGAAAGAAAUUGUGAUGUAGCUCAAGUAGGAGGCCUGUUAGAUAACAAGGGUUACGGCAUCGCUAUGAUAAAAAAUUCACCUUACAGACAACCUAUGAGUGAAUCGAUUUUGCAAUUGCAAGAAGAAGGCAAGCUGGCAAGGAUGAAAGAUAAGUGGUGGAAAGAGAAAAGAGGAGGAGGCGCCUGUGCGGAUGAUGAUGCAAGUAGCGGUGAUGCUCAGCCUCUGGUGCUGGCGAAUGUCGGUGGUGUGUUCAUAGUGCUGGUCGCAGGAUCUGCUCUAGCGGUCGUAUGCGCGUUUAUUGAAAUGAUAUUUGAUGUCUGGAUGAUAUCACAUACCCAUAAGGUAUCAUUUAGGGAGGAACUUAUUGCUGAAUUAAAAUUCAUAUUGAGCUUCAGUGGGGACACUAAGCCGGUGCGACAUCGGGAGUCGACAGAAUCUAAGAGUUCUAAGAAGGAUGAUGAUGAUAAAAGUGGUGAUGUAGAAUUUACCGGAGAAGAUAACAGACCUGAACACGCACCAACGCCGCGUUCUGAAAGGUCUUCACAUUCAAAUCAUAAUGCUCACAGUCGACGUCAAAGUAACGCUGUACAAAUAGCAAGAAUGAGAAAGUUUACUUAGAAUAUUGUAAAUAACAGUUAAACACACACGUUAGGAUUCUUAUAAGCAUGACAUCCAAGUUCCUAAGUUUAUCUUAAAGUGACCAUCAUUUAGGUACAGAUUAUUAAAGGGAAAAAACCAUGUUGGAUUUGUUAGAGUAAUAAAAUAUUUCCAUUUAAUGUUUUUUUUUUUUAUUUCAUGUUAUCAACAACUUUGUUAAUUAACUAAUAUCUUGCCAUAGAAUUAGCACAGUGACAUCUUUUUGCGACACGCUCUUGAUUAACUAGACGGUGACAAAUAAGUCGCAGUCAUCGAGCUGUCUGUUGAUGUUCAUGCUAAAGAAGAUAAGAAUGUUUUAAUAGAAUUAUUCCUUAUCUGAAAAAAUAUAACAAGAUGAAUAGCGCUUAAUUAAAUUGUAUACUUUGUACCGUUUACAUAUUAAUGGAUUAUUCACCACUACAUUUAAAAAAAGCCUUAUAAUCUAGCUUCCUAUUACAGUUAUAUUAGGUGUUCCGUUUUCACCAAUCUACCCAAGAUUUUUUCCUCCGAAUCACCGUCUACACCGUGGACUAUAAUUUACUGCUGUGGAAUAUAUAGUUUACAAGACGAUUUUUUUUUAUAAAUUUGUUGUAGAUGUAAAUCAUACCCUUGCUGUGAGGUUUGUCGUGCAAUUUAUAUGGCUAAUGGGCUCGCGGAGAAAGAUUGUGGUCGCAAAGGUCGGUGUCCAUUUCGAGCAGACAUUGAAAUAAUGCUCUUAUAUAUCACUUGUUUAUUAUUUCGUUGAUUAUGUAUUUUUUACAUACUAAGAAAAUUUAACCACUAGUUUCAUCUAUACUAAUAUAAUAAAGAGGAAAGA